AUGUCUUUUAGACAAUUUCAGCGUUGCACCGUCUGCAAUGUCAAUCAUAAUAAAGGUCAAUCUCAUAUUUAUUCAAAGAAACAUGUUGAACUGGUUAAGAAAGCACUGGACAAGUUUAGAGAUAAGGUUAAGUCGGUAAUAUCAAAAUGCCAGACUGAUAAAUUUGAAUUCGUCAUGAAAAACUCACAAACAUCAGCUGAACUCGACACAAAAUUCUGGUGCUAUUUCUGUGAAGAUGAAUUUCUGAAAAAUUCUCAGGAAGACUUUUACAUUCUUCUUAAUUGGGAUUUUAUAGAGCAUUUAUCAAAAACUGAUCACAAAGAAAAGUUCUUAGCAUUCAAGAAGACCAACAGAUUGAAAAUUAUUGAUUUUUCAUAUUAUUUCAUUCUUGAGAAGGAUUUUCAAAGUUUGAAAGACAAAAAAACUAAAGAAGAAAAUGAAUUUAAAAUCAGCUGUGGUCUAUCAAUGGCUAAGGAGGCCGAAAUGAUUAGGACUGUGGAGAAAUCUCGAGGAAACAUCUUAUGGAGUGUUAAAAUGAAUGAUCUGAGGAUUAAGAGACUACAUUACAAAGCAAGCCAAAUGAUGAACAAGAACUCUCAACAUUCUUGCAGUAUUGCGAAUUCUACAACAAAUUCUAUUGGCUACAACAUCAACAGCAGCAGCUGCAACGUCAUGAACGCAAACAGCAACAACUUUAGCGACAUCAGCCACAAAAACGUCAGCAGUGACGUCAUUGGACCAACUAAGGAUGAUCUCCUUUUGCAUAAAUAUGAAGAAGAAAGGAGAAAAAAAAGAUUGCUUCCGAAAAUUCGUACCAACCUCUCAUCUACCAUGUCUCAAACCUUGCACAACAAAAUCUGGCUGCCUUACAAAGUUAGAAGAUCUAUGACAAGAAAGAGACCAGUGAACCACAUAUCAGCCGACAUCAAAUACGACUACAUUAAAUCAAAAUUUGUCUUCAAGCCCAACGAACAGUUUAACAUGCAGAAUAAUUUAUCAUCAACUUCGUCGUCAUCGUCAUAUCCGUCCAAACCAUUAUCAUCCUUGUCAUUUUUUCCAUCAUCAUCGUUACCAGCUGGUCAUUCAUCAACACCAACAUCAUUCCAAUCAUCUUCGUCAUCAUCAUUUAAUGGUCAUCAUUAUCACUCAAAUUCAUCACAACUUGCUGUUAAACCCUACGUCAGCAAAAGAAAAAUGCUAAAACAUUGA